AUGCCACGCAAAACGCGAUCAGCGCCGCCUCUUGCGGGAGUCUUGGUACUUGAUACUGGCGCUGCGAACAUUCAUAUAUCAUGCAGUGAAGGGCAUAAGGACGAUGUAUGCACUAUGCCAAAUGCAAUUGCUCGCACACGACAAGGAGUCCGGCGGCAAAUUCUGGUGGGCGACUGCAUCGAGACAGAAUGUCAGGAUUAUGGCGAACUGCAGCUGCGUUUACCGAUGGACCGAGGCAUGGUCGUUGACUGGGCAGCACAAAAAUCAGUGUGGGACCGGGCACUCGCCAGGACACUGGGGUGCGGAAGCGACACGUUUGGCGCAUUGCACGGACGAUCGGUAAUCAUGACUGAGCCAUAUUUCGCCUUGCCUGAGCAACAAAAAGCAUUUGAUAUGCUCAUGUUCGAAUGGUACGAAGCGGAAUUGAUAUGGCGCACGAUACCUGCCCAGCUGGUGCCCUGGUCUUUAACACCACCAAGGCCUGAAGUUGUGCUAGUGGUGGAUAUUGGUCAUAGCUACACACAUGCUGUGCCUAUUGUAAAAAAUAAAGUGAUCUGGGAUGCAGUUCGCCGCCUUGAUAUUGGCGGCAAAGUACUUACGAGCCUACUCAAAGUCAUGUUCUCAUAUCGCCAGUGGGACAUGAUGGAUGAGACAUACUUGACAGAUAAAAUGAAAAUGGCGUCUUGCUUCGUGGCAGCAUGUGCACGGGACAACGAUCGGCGACGCAAGCCUAUGCGCGGCACAUCGCCCAGCAACUGGAGCUUCGAGCAAUUGGUCGAAUUAUUCCAUGACGGUGACGACGAUCUCGAUGCCGAUGCACUCAUCCAGCAUUAUGUUCUCCCGGACUAUGCGACGCCAGAGGAUGUCGCUGAUCCUAAUACCAAGUAUGGCUACGUCCAAGCAGGGCCGCGUCUGCCAGUGACAACGACAACGACAACGACAACGCCAGUGCUGCCUGAAGACCAGCUCGAUUCGUUUGUUGCUGACUUACAUCCUCCGACCAAAGAGCAACGUGGCAAUAUUACUGUCCAGUCUGAUCAUCAAGUCUUAUGUCUUGGGCAGGAACGAUACCAACUAUUUGAAACCUUUUUCGCACCUGACCGAAUUGGUACGUGGGGCAGCUCUUGGAGCACUUACCGCUCGAUGACGACAGGCUUAAACCAAGCGCCUUUACCAGAGCUCAUUGCUUCGUCCAUUCAACUUGUACAGGAAACAGAUCUGCGCAACAUGCUGUGGAGUCACAUUGUGCUCGUCGGUGGCUCAGCUCGUGUGCCUGGCCUUCGUCGUCGCCUUCAACAUGAACUACGGAUGCUGGCUCCUGACGACGUCUCUGUGGGUGUCCAUGUGUUUGAAGAUCCGAUCGAGGCACCCGCGCGUGGAGCGCUCGCGCUUUGGAAGGAAUCGACGACAUCAUCAGAAGCCCGCUCAUUUCUUGCAGCCCACACCGUAUCAAGGGAUGCUUGGCUCCAAGCAGGCGGUAGCCAAGCUUCACCAGGCGAACGUGGUGGCACAGCACUAUGUGAUGCGCGCUUUGGCGGAUGGAAUGCUCCACGACCAUCAGAAGUCGACGACGACUGA